GUGUCAAGCGGUAAACGUACUCGGACGGGUCGCGGUGCGUUUCCAAACAGCGUGGUGUUCCCCGGCGGAGUUACCGAAGACGCUGACGAAGACGAUCGCUGGCUACAGCUGUUCAGUUUGUUUGGUUACACGAACACAGAUUUAGAGUCUCUACAUCACGCUAAUGGUCCUAUCACUCCAAUUUUACAAAAGAAUCCCAUUCGAAGGCACAUAUCAUUAAGAAUUACAGCCAUCAGGGAAACUUUUGAAGAGUUAGGGAUUCUGCUAUGCAGUCAGCAGCACAAGAAGCAAAAGGACGGCUUAAGGGCGGAUUUCAUAGCUAAUAUUGAUGUUAAAACUUGGCAGGACAGAGUAAGCAAGAAUCCAGAAAGCCUUUGGAACCUGUGUGAAGAUUAUAAGUGCUAUCCAGACAUAUGGUCACUACAUUACUGGAGCAAUUGGUUAACUCCAGCCACUUUACCGAAGAGAUUCAACACAGCCUUCUUUGUGACAGCGUUAGAGGAAAAGCCUGAGUUAAAAAAUUACUCUACAGAAGUUGCCUUUGUUAAGUGGUCAGACCCAACUGAGAUACUCAACAGCAGUGACGUGAAGUUAUACCCACCUCAAACAUACGAACUGACACGGUUCUCUCACGUGAAGGACCUGGAUGAACUGAUUGAAUUUGCCAAGAGCAACAGUUGUUAUGGUCACGAACUUGUCUUUCCUGUGUACGUAAAAGUAGCCGAUGGAAUUCUGCAAAUAUUACCUGGUGACGACCUGUAUCCCUCAGAUGUAAACGACAAUAAUAAUAAUAAUAAAUAUAUAGACAAGACGAUUUUAGAAUUAAGAGAAAACUGUAAAACUAUCCACAGAGCGGAAUACCCAAAAUCGAAAGAUAUCAAACCAGUGUUUGUAAUUAGGAAUUACAAACCAUACAACCAUAUCGACAUGGGUGAUCGUAAAAUUACAUUACAAAAAAAUUAAAUAAUUUUGCUACGAAAUAUAAAUUGAGUAAUCGCUUUAUCGAUUGAUAUUAUUAUUAUUAGUACAAAACCACUGAACAAUUUAACAUUAAACAUUUGCAAGAGUAGAAUCACAGAAAGAUGGCUACCUCCGGUAACUCGUGGCCUAACAGCCAGGAUGAUUAUGAACUGAUGGAAGUGAUCGGGGUCGGGGCCACGGCCGUCGUGCACGCCGCCUUCUGCCGCCCGCGGGGAGAGAAGUGCGCCAUCAAGCGUAUCAACCUCGAGAAAUGGAACACCUCCAUGGAUGAACUGCUCAAAGAGAUUCAGGCCAUGUCAAGCUGCAACCACGAAAAUGUCGUCACCUAUUACACCAGCUUUGUGGUAAAAGAAGAACUGUGGCUCGUUCUGAGACUUCUCGAAGGAGGAAGUCUUCUUGACAUCAUCAAACAUAAGAUGAGGAUCUCCAACUGUAAACAUGGAGUAUUUGAUGAAGCGACCAUCGCCACGGUUCUCAAGGAGGUGCUUAAAGGAUUAGAAUACUUCCAUCAGAACGGGCAAAUUCACAGGGAUAUUAAAGCAGGAAAUAUCCUCCUCGGUGAUGAUGGAACCGUCCAGAUCGCCGACUUCGGUGUGUCUGCAUGGCUCGCGACCGGCCGGGACUUGUCCAGACAGAAGGUGCGACAUACAUUCGUCGGGACGCCUUGUUGGAUGGCUCCCGAGGUCAUGGAACAAAAUCACGGUUAUGACUUCAAAGCGGAUAUCUGGUCGUUCGGCAUCACCGCGAUCGAGAUGGCCACCGGCACCGCCCCGUACCACAAGUACCCACCGAUGAAGGUACUCAUGCUCACGUUGCAGAAUGACCCGCCAACACUCGACACCGGCGCCGAGGAAAAAGAUCAGUACAAAGCGUACGGUAAGACUUUCAGGAAAAUGAUAUCGGAGUGUCUCCAGAAAGAUCCAACGAAACGACCUUCGGCGCCGGAACUGCUCAAGCACUCGUUUUUCAAGAAAGCAAAGGAUCGAAAGUAUCUCGUGCAGACGCUCGUCUCGAACGGCCCGAGCAUGGAGACGCGCGUGCACAAGGCCAGCAAGCGACAACCUGGAGCCUCCGGUCGUCUGCAUCGCAUGGAGACCGGGGAGUGGGUGUGGGAGAGCGACGACGAAGAGGACGAGGACGAUGACGCCGCCAGGGACCGACCCAUGAACACCCUCGCACGUGCAGACUCCUCCGACUCCGAGGGUGAGGAGCUUGGCGAAGGUCGCGCUGGUUUCACGAUCGGUUCGCUCACUGGUGGCGAGGCUCCACAGAUCGACCUCGUAUUGCGCAUGCGUAAUUCUAAGCGCGAGCUGAACGACAUCCGGUUCGAAUUCUCGGCCGGCAAGGAUUCCGCCGACGGCAUCGCCACGGAGCUGGUGGGUGCGGGGCUGGUGGAGGCGCGGGACGCCGCGUGCAUCGCCCGACACCUCCAGCGGCUGGUGGACGCGCGCCUGUUCCCCGGCUCGGCGCCCCCGCCGCGCUCGCUCACCUUCCGGCUGGACUCUGCGGACCCGGCCGCGCCCUCCGACGAGAGCACGCUGCUCGGGUUCGCGCAGAUCUCUGUAGUGGACUAAGCGCCGCCGCGCCGCAACCUGACGACCCGCCACGACGGAUCCCAUUAGCUCUUUAAUGUAACGUAGUUCGAUCGAAUGAAAUGUGAGUUUCGCGAUCCGUUUGGGUCGUGUGGGAGUGAAUCUGAAUUUGUAAAAAUUUGUGAUAGUAUUCUGUCGAUUUUAGUCGCUUCGUUAUUGAACAUUGUAUUCGAUUGUAUUGUUUUGCUCAUAAUUUUAUUUUGUAAAGUUUAUUAUUUUAUAGUUUAGCUGGAUAAGAUCUUGUGUAAUGUCAGAAAGUCUUACGGCGCAUAAGUACUUUUGUCAUCUAAACACGGUCAUUUUUCAUUUGAACUACCGCCGCCCCAUCAUCUUACAAGGCACGGGGACAUUGUGGCCGUGUGGAGUGAAAAGGAGCUUAAACUUGCGCUAUCCUGUAUUAUCAUUGGUGGUAAAAAGCGACAUAAUGUAUCCUAUGUAAACGUUAGUGCCAUAUGAGUAUGUUUCUUGUACACGAUGAAUAAACAUUGGCCGUACAGUCGCUACGGCCUUGAAUUUAAAAUUUCAGGUUUCUAUUGCACUAUAAGACGGUAUUUUACAUUGUUAUAUUUUGUUUGUUGCUUAUUUUGGAAGUAUUUUAAUAAUAAAAUAAAACAUGAUUUUAUCGG